UAUAAAAUCAUAAAUGAACGAGUUUGAAAAUUCAACGCUCUAUUCUAUUUCCCCCAAACCGAACACACACAACACAACACAAUCAUAUGUAUUUUGAUUACUCCGAAGAAAGAUCCAACUUCUUGAACAUACCUUUCUCUCUCUGUCUAGAAAACCAAAAUGACGGGGGUUGAAGGCCCAAGCUACACUGUAGAUGAUGCUCUUCUGGCUUUGGGUUUUGGGAAUUUCCAGAUACUCGUGCUUGGUUAUGCUGGCAUUGGUUGGAUUUCAGAAGCAAUGGAGAUGAUGAUGCUCUCUUUUGUUGGGCCUGCAGUGCAAACAGCAUGGGGUCUUUCCUCUCAUGAAGAGAGCUUCAUAACCAGUGUGGUUUUUGGUGGCAUGUUGAUUGGGGCAUACUCUUGGGGCAUUGUUUCUGAUAAACAUGGAAGGAGGAAAGGAUUCCUUAUCACAGCAACAGUUACUGCUAUAGCUGGAUUUCUGAGUGCAUUUGCUCCUAACUAUAUAUUAUUAAUUGUCCUUCGUUCAGUGGUUGGUAUUGGUUUGGGAGGUGGCCCUGUAUUAUCUUCUUGGUUUCUUGAGUUUGUUCCUGCCCCCAAUAGAGGUACCUGGAUGGUUGUCUUUUCAGGAUUUUGGACUGUUGGUACAAUUUUUGAGGCAUCACUUGCAUGGAUUGUGAUGCCAAGACUGGGUUGGAGAUGGCUUCUUGCUCUAUCUUCGCUUCCCACAUCUUUCCUCCUUCUAUUCUACAAAAUGACGCCUGAGUCACCGAGAUACCUGUGCUUGAAAGGUAGAACAGCUGAUGCAAUCAAUAUUUUGGAGAAAAUAGCAAGAGUAAAUGGAAGAAAACUUCCUUCUGGUACCCUUGUUUCUGACCAUCAAAUUGAGCUACACGAAAUCGAUAGCUCCUCAGAGGACAUAGGUUUACUCUCGCCAAGAAAAAGUGAAGCUGAAUCUCCUAAAGGAAUUGUUUCCAACUUAGGCGGCAUCUCAUCACUGAAGAUGCUUCUCUCACCAAAUUUGGCGAGGUCAACCCUUCUAUUAUGGGCAGUGUUUUUUGGUAAUGCUUUUUCAUAUUAUGGCCUUGUUUUGUUGACGUCUGAGUUGAAUGGACAUAGUAAAUGCGUGCCACAUGAAUUGCAGACAGAGAGUUCCCAGGAUAUUAGGUACAAAGAUGUUUUCAUUGCUAGCUUUGCAGAGGUACCUGGGCUCCUCUUGUCAGCUGCAGCAGUAGAUAAACUUGGUCGUAAGCUUUCAAUGUCAAGCAUGUUCUUCAUGUGUUGUAUUUUCCUGCUCCCAUUAGUAUUCUAUCUUCCUGAAGGCCUUACAACGGGCCUUUUAUUUGGAGCUCGCAUAUGCAUCACGGCGACCUUCACAAUUGUGUACAUUUAUGCACCAGAGAUGUACCCAACAUCAGUCAGAACAACUGGUGUGGGAAUCGCAAGCUCGGUGGGAAGGAUUGGUGGAAUGUUAUGUCCUUUGGUAGCAGUUGGUUUAGUACAUAGCUGUCAUCAAACUGCAGCUGUUCUUCUAUUUGAAUUUGUAGCUCUAGUUUCAGGAAUAUGUGUUAUGCUCUUUCCGGUUGAGACCAUGGGCCAAGAACUACGAGAUAGUGUAUCAAGCUGAAAGAGACCGGCAACACAUGAACAUAAUGUGGUCUGAUAAAACUUUAAAAUCAUGAAAACAUAUAUAGAUACACUAAUGAGAAAUCCUGCCAACAUACUCUCUAACACACUAUUUCUAACAUACUUUCUCUUGAUUGAAAAUUAUGUAGGUCCCACCAAAAUCCAUGGAUCCACACUCUUAAUUUGGUGGGACUCACAUGAACCUAAUCAAUGAAAGAGUGUUUAAAAGAGUGUGUUACUAGUAUUUCUUAGUCGACUUAUCACACGGUUCUCAGAGGAAAAAGAGGAGAAAGGAGGAGUCAUUUGGGGAAGAAGUAAUUCAAGGGGACAUUUUUUUUUUUUGCUUAUUCCAUUAUAUACCACUUCAAUUAUUCCCUUGCUCACAUUUGAUCCUUUUUUAUGUGUAAAUUGUGAAGUGAAUCAUGGUCAAUGAUCAACAUUUUGUGUGGAUGCCUAUUAUUCUUCUGGAAAUUACAAUUCUUAAAUUCUUUCAACAA